CAGCAAGGAUGACGAGGGGGAAUGUUGGCAGUAGAUCAUGCAAUGAACUCCUGCCAGUGUGUGUCGAUGGCACUCCCUGCGCUCCUGUGGGGGGAGAAGGGGCUGCUGUGGUUGGAGCAGGGAUGAGGAGGGACGGAAAAGGCCCAUGAGUGAAAGGCUGUCUUGAGCCCAGAGUCAUACCUGCUCCCCGCUCGGUUCCAGGAUGGCCAGGCUCCUGAGGAUGUUCAGAAAGAAGGCUCUGCAGGUGGCCCCAGAGCCUGAGGGAAGCAGCUGCCAUCUUCCCAAGGGGCAGAGCAACCCCUGCGUCCCCGCUGGCGGGGAAGCAGCUCCCGUCCAGGCCAGAAGGUGGAAGUGCCCAGCCUUCUGGAAAACGAAACCAGCUUCCAGCGCAGGCGCCGAGCUGGGAGAGGCUCCGACCAGGCCCAAAUGGAGCUGGCCCAGGAUGCGGUUUCGCAGACAGGACCCAGCCCAGGAGGGGCGCCGGGCAGGGUGGCUCUGGGGCUUGUUGUGUGGGCAGCAGCAGCCCCAGGAGCCCAGCCCUCAUUCCCAUCAGGAGGCAUUGCCCUGCCUGGUCACUGAGGACAUUCCAGCCUCCUCAGGCCAGGAGGUGGAAGGUCCCUGUCCCAGCACCGGCAGCUCAGCAUGGGACAGCAGCAGCCCCUGGGACUCUGGCAGCAGCGAGGCCGAUGGACGCCACUGCUUUGUUCCACGGACCACCUGGGAUUCGGAGCUGGAGGAAGGGGUGGACAUGGCCACAGAUGAAGCUGCUCUCAAGGUCAUCAGAGAGCAGCUCCAGUACAGAGAAAAGGAUGAGGGGCAGCAGCUCCUGUUCCUGCAGGCCAUCUACCCCACAUGUCUGGCUGCACGGGAGAGAGGGGAGGACACUCUGGAGCCGCGCUACUGCAAGGCGGCUGUGGUGAAGAGGAUUGUGGAGCUCAUCGAGGAGCUUCCCGAUGACUCUCCACCCAGCGCCAUCCUCGCCAGCUCCCUGGCUGCAGUGGGCAACCUCAGCACCAUGAAACCUGCCCUUGAGCCAGACCUAGAGACCCAUCUCUUGCAAGCUGCCCUUCACUCAGUCUUCACCCUGGGCACGGAGAAGGACACCACCCACAUCCAGGUACAUCCUCCUCCUCCAUCCUCCAACUCUUCCAGAGUGGUCCUUGGUCCCUACUCCCUUGAUUCGCUGGAGCUCCAGAUUUAGGGGUGGGGUAGGCAGAGAUGGAACAAGCUGCAGGGUUGGAUCGUUCCCUCCAGCAGGGAAGAGAUUACCCCUCCCUGGGGGAAAUUCCUUUCUUUCUUUCUUUCUUUCUUUCUUUCUUUCUUUCUUUCUUUCUUUCUUAUGCCAUGUUUUGCCCAGCAGCCCAGCUUCCAUCAAUAGCAACUUGGCUGUUUCAUACUCUUCUGCCUAAAAAGCCCUCUGCAGAGACCUGCUAAGCUCAUGGAUCAAAGAUCCAGGUGUC